GUAAAUGAACCAUCCGUCAGACGGAGAACGGCUGUGACUCUGUGUGUAUAUUAUGUCAAACAUGGAGGACUCGUCCAUCACCCAGGCAGAUUUUAAUGCCUCUGAAAGGGAAGAACCGUCGGGACCCUGCAACUUCAGCAGCAGCAACAGCGUCAGCUUGCUGCUCAGCACCUACAUCUUCCCCAUCAUCUGCAUCCUGGGCUUCAUGGGGAACGUCGUAAUAAUCAUCACUCUGACAUUUAAGACCAAACGCAAGCUGGAAACAGUUGAAGUCUUCCAGCUCAACCUGGCCAUCACCAACCUGCUGUUCACCGUGGCGCUGGCCUUCCUGAUCUACAACGAGCUGCUGUCAUGGCCGAUGGGCCAGGCGGCCUGCAAGCUGGUGCAGGGAUCCUACAGCAUCAACCUGUACAGCGGCAUGCUGAUGGUCGCCGGGAUGAGCGUCUUACACUUCAUCUGCAUCUGCAGCUCUAUGAACUGUCAGAUGAACCUCAAACAGCUGAAACACACAGUCAUCAUCUGUGCGUCCAUCUGGGUCUGCGCCGUUCUGCUUUCUGUCCCCACCUUCUACUUCUACCAACUGUAUGAGCCAACAAGUGAUACGUUCUACAUGCUGGAGGGUGAAGAACACAGCAACUCCUUAGCGUCGCCGAGGUUCGUCUGUGAGUUCCAGUUUAAAGACCAGGACUUGUCCCAGAUUGUGAAAGUGGCGGUUCCCAGCGUCCAAAUGGCUGUCGGCUUCUUCCUGCCUCUGCUCACCAUCAUCUUCUGUUACAUCUCCAUCGUCAUCAAACUACUGACACACAAGUUCAACCGAACGGUCACCAAAUCCCCCAAAGAAAUGGGCCAGACCACCAGGUUUUUCACAAAACCCAGAGACAAUGAAGUGGAGGCAGUGAAGAGGGUGACGGGGAUCAUGCUGGUGUUCGUGGCCUGCCACCUGCCCCACAACCUCAUCCUGCUGUACGACACCAUCACCAUGUUCCAGGAGAUGGCGUGUGAAAAGGCGGACCGCUGGAGCACCGCCCUGUCCAUCACAGAGUUCAUAGCCUACCUGCAGUGCUGCCUGAACCCGGUGAUGUACGGCUUCAUCGGUCACAACUUCAGGCAGAAGUUCAAGCAGAAGUUCACGGAAAUCUUCUGCCCAGACAAAUUACAACAUAGACACAGUUUCAUCCAGAUGUCUAUAAAACGGACUACAUCCGGCUCGACCAUCUACCAUAGUCCUAAAGAUCAUCCGGAAACUCCAUCGGUCUAAGAGGAGGGCAAGCUUUGACUUUAAUUUAGACUUUUAGAUGUACUAUGAUUUAUAGUGAAGGUAGACUCUUUUAUCUAACCAGUCAAAUAAUUGAAACUUUUGUUGUAAAGUCACUUGUUAAUCCCAGAUGUUUUAGCAAUGACCAUGUUUUUUAAAAAAGUGGCAAAAAUCCUAGAAAUCAGAUUACAGUUGAUGAAAUAUCAGCUGCUUGAAGGUUUUGCUCCAGCAGGAGUUUUUCUGGCCUCCUCAUGUUCAGCCAGUCAGCGUCAGCUCAGACCUGCUGUUCAGGAUUUUCAGCCUGCAGUUCCAGAGAAACUCACAUUUCAACGUCUCACCGCCUGUUUCACUGUUACUCUUUACCAGGUUUUAUACUCAUUAUGCAUUUUAGCUUUAAAUAAUGAAACAUUUGCCUUGAUCUACAAGUUUUACUCAAGGAAACUCAGUGUUUGGCGUUCAGUAUGAAGUCAUUCAUUGACUGGUUGGAUGUUUUCAGUCUUUGUUGUGACUGUUGGAUGGUUAAUGUCUGUAUUUCUGUUGCAUCUUCUCUUUCUCUGUUAACUAACUAUUCACAAAUCAAGACACUGACUCUGGAGAAUGUCUGCAGACCACACACAUGCUGGACUCAGACUUUUACCUUUGGAUCGGCGCCACAGACAUUUUCUGCCUCACUGGAGGAGUCGAAUGUUUGCACUGUCAUAACCUACCAGAAAAAUGUUUUGCUUUAUUUGUACCUUUUGUUUUAUCUCCUCUGACGUUUACAUAUUUAUAUCCGAUGUCUGUCUGUUUGUUGACACAGUCUUGAUUAAUAAAACCGGUUCUGAAGCAACCUGAGGUGAACUGAGACUCAGACAGCGAAGGGAGGAAACGACUGCAGCUCUUUGAAUUAUUAACUCUCAUCGAUGUUUCUGUAAUAAUCCCUGCUGGGCGUUUGAGCUCACAGCCUGGAGGCGUCUGGAAACUCAGAGAUCAAUUAAUGACGAGCAGC